UGUGCCUACUAGGAACCCUGUGUUGUUGUCGGGAGGCAAAAUGGCGGCGGCGGUGGCCGGGGCCGCCGUGCCGGGCAAGGGGCUGGACAUCAGCCUGGCGGCGCUGCAGCAGCACGACCCCUACAUCAGCAGCAUCGUGGACGUGGCCAGCCAGGUGGCGCUCUACACCUUCGGCCACCGCGCCAACGAGUGGGAGAAGACUGACGUGGAGGGAACACUGUUUGUUUACACAAGAUCAGCUUCUCCAAGGCAUGGCUUCACAAUUAUGAACAGACUAAGCAUGGAAAAUCGAACAGAACCUAUUACUAAAGACCUUGAUUUCCAGCUGCAGGACCCUUUUCUACUGUACAGAAAUGCCAGAUUGUCCAUAUAUGGGAUUUGGUUUUAUGAUAAGGAAGAAUGCCAAAGAAUUGCAGAGCUCAUGAAAAACCUAACUCAGCAGGAACAAUUCAAAGCACAGCAGGGCACAGGAACAGGAGUGUCCCCAAUGAUCAUGAAUUCUGCUAAUAACAAGGAAGUGGAUAUCUUACGGAUGCUCACCAAGGCCAAAGAUGAAUAUACCAAGUGUAAGACCUGCUCAGAGCCAAAACAAAUAACCAGUUCUUCUGCAAUCUAUAACAACCCCAACCUAAUCAAACCAAUCCCUGUGAAGCCUAGUGAAAAUCAGCAUCAACGAAUAUCUCAGCAAAGCAAGAAUGUGGAUCCUGAACCGCAGCACUUGUCUUUGAAUGCACUGUUUGGCAAACAAGAAAAGCCAGAUGUCUCAGAACCUCUUAGUAAACAGCAUCAAGAAAAUCAUCCUGUUAAGCAGGGUGUGGUACGUUCACUGUCCUAUGAAGAACCUAGCAGGCACUCACCCUCUGCAGAGAAACAGCUUUGCCCUGCCAUUCAGAAGCUUAUGGUGCGUGGAACAGACCUUCAUCCACUUGCUGAGUUUCCUGAGAACCGGCUCUGUGAAAAUGGCAAUAUCCACCCUGUGGGUGAGAAUUUCACAGGACUCUUCCAGCCUGUGACUUCUCAUAGUAUUGCAACAUCUCACGUAGUUCAGGAUACUGCUGGCACGCAAAGCUUAUUACAGAAAUUACAGUGUCAGUCAGGGUCAGUGACUAAAAUGGACCCUGGUGCAACAGGAUCUGCAAACUCAACAGCUUCUGUGUUCAGCAGGACUCCUGCUGCUGUUGGAGCACCAACAGCACCAGUAAAUAAUAUGAGCCAGCCACCUUUGGUGUAUUUCAAUGGUUUCCUACGAGGCCAGACUUUGGAGUCUCAGACACUUGGUAAAGAACAAUCCAAACUUCCUAGACAGCCACUUUCUCUCUCUGGCAAUCAAGCAGCCAAUUCUGGCGUGAUUUCACCUCAAGAGUUAUUGAAAAAACUCCAAAUAGUGCAACAGGAGCAACAGUUGCAUGUAUCUAGCAGACCAACUCUGGCAGCUAAGUUUCCUGUUGUUACUCAGAAUACCAAUACACUGAAACCACUGGAUUCCUGGAUAGAAAAGGCACCGGCUGCUGAGAAACAGAGCUCUCUCUUUCAGGUAAUCUCCCCUCAACGCAUUCCUGCCACUGUGACUCCUACUUUGUUGAUGUCCCCAAUGGUGUUCACUCAGUCCACGCCUGCUCCACCAAAAGCAAAUGAAAGUGCGCGGCUAGCAGCAGCAAACCAAGAACCUGCUGCUAGCUCAGCUAGCCUUCUCCUGCCACUGCAAACCCCAGAGCCAUCUGUAGUUAACAACAGUUCAAUGACCAAGAUGCAGCUGCAGGAAACACUUCUACAUCUGAUCCAGAAUGAUGACAACUUCUUAAAUAUUAUUUAUGAAGCAUAUCUCUUCAGUGUGAGAAAGGCAUCAAUGAAAAAGGCUAUGUGAACGAUGAUUUUAAAAUUCGAUUUCAUUUGCUCCCUGAACUCCAGGAAAAAGAGUUCAGAUUUUUCAAAUACGUUUAUGUUUAAAGAAGUGAAUGGUUUUAGGCAUUAUGCAUACACGUAGAUUUUGCUUGUUGGCAAGUACAUGCUGUACUGAGAAAGAAGUGAGUGGAAACAGAUUGUGCCUUCAGAGGGGGGAGCAUCACGAUACUGAAGACUUAAUCGCAAGAGAUCUUAGAUUAUUUUUCUUAUAUUGCUCCAUACUUAGAAUUGGCAUCCCUGCAUCAGGACUCAGUUCUCAGAACUCACUUUCCUUUUUUACUUGCAUUGUGGUUGUUCCUUGACUAGGUAUUUGUCAUGGAUUCCCUCCGCGAGACGUCAUAGGCAACUGUCGCGAUGAACGUGACCAUCUCUGACCACAUGGUGGCAAUGUUGGACUGUUUUUAGGAACGUGGAAACCUAGGUGAAACGUUGGUAGGGAGUCUUGGGAAGGCUGAUCUAUCACCGUACUUAGUUGUCUGAAAAGCAAUUUAGAUAAAAAUUACUUUCCCCGAAAGUUUUGUAGAAAAAUCCUUUUCUAUUUUAACAAGAAUAUUUUUUGCUAGAUGUAGAAAUGAGACUGCAGGUGUUUUGAAGAAUUGGAGGGGGAGGGUUUGUUUGUGAAUGUACUUGCUAUCAACAUUGUUCUGGGAUGACACUGGAUUCAUGUUUCUAUUAUUCCAGAUCCAAUCUACAUUCUUAUAAGCAAUGUACAACUUUGUUAAGGGGAAGGCUACCUGGUGUAAAAGUUCUAUUAAAUUUUUAGUGUGUUCUUGGCACACAGUAAUUCCAUUGAUCCAUUUCUAAAAAAAAAAAAUAAAUAAAAUGGAUAAUCCCUACUAUGUGCUGAUUUAAUUUUAUUGUACCAUGGACUAUGUAUUUAGAAUUGCUGGGUCACUUGUAUUUGUAUGACUUCAAAAUGUUUUUACACUUGGCAGAAGACACAAGAGGUUUUAAAUCAAUUAGAAUAAAUGACUCAAAGAAAUUUUAUGUAUAUUUUUAUUAGCAUCUGCUGCUGAAGUGCCCAUUUACUACAGUUUAGGAAGCCAAAGCUGUUGCUGAGGAGGCAUUUCUUUUGUGAGUGCAGAGAACCCAAUCUGAAAUCCAUAAAUGAAUAUACACUUUCCUCUGCAAUGGGCGUUGAUAUAGGCACAACUCAGCUGCCUCAUCUGUGUAGGUUCUUCAGUGUAGAUUAGGAUGCAGGUUUCAAUUAGAAUUGUUGUAACGAUUCAAACAGUUGCCCCCACCUCCAUACAUCUGGCCUUUCUCUAGUAUAAAAAUGUGAUUGGGGGGAUGAGAGGAGGGAUUUACUCACAUUCCUUGAGAAAGGCUCUAAAUCAAUAUUUUAAAAAGUCAAGAACUGUUUUCUGUAUACACAAGUGAAUAACCCCAAGAGACUCGUGCCUACAAAACUGCUAGACUUUUCCUGCACUAAGUAACUUGCAGAGAGCAAGUCAUAUUCUAGUUCCAUUUUGUUACCAAAUUUCUUACGAUUCUUGCACAUUCAAUGAAAAGAACGUGUUGAGAAGGUACCAGGAAGGACAGACUUUAAACAUAGUAAGUACUAAUUCUAAUCUUGUAGCCGUAAUAAUUUAUGUGGCCAUUAUUAUUUAUUGGAUUCUGCUGAGUUAAUUGUUAUUAUUUCUGAAUGAACUGGUGUGGAUGAAAUUGGAAUCUGCAUGGAAGAGUUUGUAUGAAACUAAAUACAUGCAUAAUUGGUGUCUGUGUUACUGGGUUAUCUGAGAGUACAAUUUAAAGAUGAUGGGACACAUAGUUAGGACCUUAUUUGACACAAAGAACUUCUGUAAUCAGUGGGUAAAAAUAAUCCUUAAGCAUCUCAAGCUGUGGUUCUGAUAGCUUUUCUAGUCAUGGGGGAAACAUUUUUAUUUACAAAAAAGGCAAGUAGAUACUUUUAGAACAUCCUUAUUUAUUGCUUUUCAGAGUAAGGUAUCUUUUACAAAAAUUAAAGACAUUUUUGUUUUGAAGCAUCUUCUGUUAACUCUUGACACUUAUGACAACAGCAGUAUUGGCACUAUGCUUGACAAGCUGAGAUUUAUAGACAAGAAUAGAGCUAAUUCAGGUUUUUUUUCUUGCUGCCUUCUCUUCUGGUUAUAUCUACACCAAGUAACACUGAUGGAAUUUGAUUUCUCUCACUGUAUUAUGCUAGGAUGGUUCAGGAGGCAUAAUCUGCCUUUUAUGAAAUGAGGAAAAAGGUAGUUGCUAAAGAAGAGGUGCUGAUUUGGCUGAGUUGCAUGCUUACUAAGAACAAUAGAGGUAAGAAGAUGGAGCGGGCUUAGAAAGAAAAUCUGAAUUUAAUGACUGUAGGCAGAAGAGAAGAAGUAGUGAGAGAAUUCUAUUGAGAAAUGAAGCCAAACUUCUUGUCUAGGUUUCCAUUUCACAUGGCAGGAUUUGCUUUUCCAAAGGCGUUUGAGAAUUGGAGACUGAGCUUGGAGUCAUAACGGAGUGUAAAACUGUGCUAUGCCCCUUUCUUUCUAUGGCAAACUGAAGUAUCUGUCUCAGGAAAAAGGCUUUUUUCUAGCAAUAUAGUUGGAGCCUCACAUAAAACUGAAAACUCUGCCUUUUGAUAUUGUGUUUUGUUUAGUAGUCUUUUUGUCGGCUGGGACUAUCUCUACGCAGCCAGGUCUGAGCACGAUACCAGAAAGUUUAUUUCAGGAUGACCUCUGAGCUAGAGUGGUUCUGAACACUUGGGUUCCCCUAUUUUAUUUUUUUAAAGAUGCGUAGAACUAGGGACCUCUUAAGCUAGUAAG